AGUCAGUGGCGCGUGCGAUGGCGACAGUAUCAAGCAGAGAUAGCUUGCACGGCUCAGUGGCAGAGAUACGAUAGCAGCACAGCGCGCCGCACCGGUAUAUGAGCGCCGGCUCGCCGUGUCGCGCCACUGUUUGCUGCAGCGCGCCGAGCUAGUCCCGCAAACCUGCAAGCAAACCUGACUCGGGUCUGUUCUCCUGACCUCCUUUACUCAAUUGCCAACUACUUGCAUUAAUGGACGUGUCGGGCGUGCUGGACGUGAUGGGCGGCUCGAGCGAGCUGGAGCUGCUGGCGCGGCACGCGGUCGACUCCGACGACCCGUGCGCCACACACGACCACGCCAUGGUGUUCCACUCGUGCGUGUGUGCGGAGAUCCUGUUCAAUGGGUGGAAAACUACCAACGAGCUGCAGUUGUUUGGAUCGGCGGUGGCCAUAUUUGUGGCGUCCGUGCUGUAUGAGGGAUUCAAGUACUGGCGCGACACACUGCCGAGCCCCGCGGCCGCGCCGCUCUCCGACUCGCGACAGAACAUCGCCAAGGGUGAUUCUGCGAUGAGCUCCUUCAGGGCGGCGGCGACGUCGGGGGCGCAUGCGCUGCAGACGGCGCUGCACGCGGUGCAGUCGACGCUGAGCUACCUGCUGAUGUUGGUGUUCAUGACGUACAACGUGUGGCUGUGUCUGGCUGUCGUGCUCGGCCUCACGCUCGGCUACUUCCUCUUCGGAUGGCGGCGGAACUCUCUCAACGACCCCAACGAGCACUGCCAGUGACCUCACGCGAAUUGCUCUCUUCUCUACGUAGGAUUAUAUUAUCAUGUUUAUGUUGGUUUAUAUCUGCAUAUAUACGAAUACUCAAUUACAUUAUUAAAUACC